AUGUACGACGUCUGCGGCCACCGCGCCGACGGCGAUACGCUCAACUGCGCGAACAACACGCGCGCGGUGUCGCCAACGGGCGAGCUAGCGCUCACGCUGCAGGCUACAUGCCCGACGCUCUGGUCGGAGCUGGGCGGCAUGAAUGGCACCUACUGCUGCACCCCCAAGCAGGUCGAGGUGCUGGCGUCCAGCACACAACGCGCGCUGCCGUUCAUCGUCGGCUGCCCCGCGUGCCAGCACAAUUUCGUGCACCUCUGGUGCCUGCUCACCUGCUCGCCGGACCAGGCGACGUUUACUAAUGUGACGGACGUACAGGCGGCGGCCGACACCAACGCGACGGUCGUGAAGGAGGUGGCUGUGUGGCUGGAUGACGGGCUGUCACGGUCCCUCUAUGACUCAUGCAAGGACGUCAAAUUCGGCGCCGCGAAUCUUCCCGCUAUGACGUUCAUCGGCGGCGGCGCGAAGACGCCCCAGGCCUGGCUGGAUUUUCUGGGGGAAGUCAAGGACAAACGUGUCCCGCCUGUGGGCUCGCCUUUCCAGCUGAACUUCAACCCCAACGCGUCGUCGCCCGGCGCGGAAGGCGGGGGGCCGCCAGAGGGGAUCUCGCCCGCGCGGGGGGCGCUGCCGUCGUGCGGCGACGCGGCGCUGACGUGCUCGUGCGCGGACUGCCCGGCGGCGCCAGGAUGCGCGAUGCCGCCGCCCGGCCCGCCGCCCGGCGCCCGCGGCUGCCGUGCAGGCGCCGUGUCUUGCUGGGACCUCCUCCUGAUCCUCACAUACGCCGGGCUCGCCCUGGGCGUUGUGGGCACCUUUAUGUUCCGCCGGCGGCUGCGGGAAUUGCAAGAUAGGGAGGCGCGGCUCUUCGGCCCCACCGAGCCGCUGCUGGCGGCGAUUCAAGAGGAGGAGGACGGCCUGCCGCUCUCCAGCGGCGCCGCGGGCGGCGGGGACUCCUUCAGCGCGCGGCGCGUCGGUGGCGGUCGCAACGGCGGCGGCGGCGGCGGCGGCGGCGGUUUUGAUGCGCUUGGGGCUGAGGAGGACGACUCUGAGCCGCUGCCCGGGGAUGAGCACUACCCCUGGCUGGAGCGGCAGCUGCAGAAGGCGUACAGGCGGCACGGCGAGCUGUGCGCGCGCAGGCCGCUGCACGUCAUCGCAGCGGGCGUCCUGCUCAUCGCGUUCUGCCUGUUCGGCCUGCUGAGGUUCCGGCUGGAGACGGACCCUCUGAUGCUCUGGGUCGGCCCCGGCAGCCAGGCCGCGCGCGACAAGGCCGCGUACGAGGCCUCGUUCGGCCCCUUCUACCGCGUAGAGCAGCUGAUCCUUACGACGACUGCUGACUCAGCCAGCAAGUACGUCACCCAGAGCGGCCUGCCGAGCAUCGUGACGGAGGCCAACAUACGGCUGCUUUUCGACAUUCAGGCGGAGGUGGAUGCGAUAACGGCCCCGUACCCGGGCCCCGACGGCCCGCCUGAGGAGGCCAACGCGACGCUGUCCUCUGUGUGCUUCAAGCCCUUUGGGUCGGCGUGCGCCACCCAGUCCAUCCUGCAGUAUUGGCACAUGGACAGGGCCUUCUAUGACGCCGAAAUGGCCAAGGGGCCCUACAGCAGCACGCGUUUGUCGCCCGACUUCUGCUUCGGACACUGGUACACCCAGUGUCGCAGCGCCUUUGAGGCCCCCAUGGAUCCCCACGUGGUGCUGGGGGGAUUCCCAACAGGGCCAGCAUUCAGGAACUACUCGGCCGACGCCACGUCGUUUGUGGUGACGUACCCUGUCGACAGCGCCCCCGCCAACCGCCAGGCCGCGCUGGCCUGGGAGGCCAGGUUCAUCGAUCUGGCCAAGGGGCGGCUAACACAGAUGGCGGAGAGGGCCAACUUGACCCUGGCCUUUAGCUCUGAGAGGUCUGUGCAGGACGAGCUGGCCCGCGAGUCAUACACUGACGCCUCCGUCGUCGCGGCAUCAUACGCCGUCAUGCUCGGCUACGUCGCCCUCGCCCUCAGCUCCCUCCCGCCCGCGCGGCAGGCGCUGCAGCUGCUGGUGCUCUCCCGCGGCGCGCUCGGCCUGGGGGGCGUGCUCAUCGUGCUCGCGAGCGUCGCGGGCGGCACGGGGCUCGCGUCGCUGUUUGGGGUGUGGAGCACGCUGAUCAGCUUGGAGGUCAUCCCGUUUUUGGUGCUGGCUGUGGGGGUGGACAACAUGUUCGUGCUGGCGCACGCGCUGGCGCGGCAGGACCCAAAGCUGCCGCUGCCCGUCCGCACCGGCCUCGCCCUCGGCGCCGCCGGCCCCUCCAUCACGCUCGCCGCGUCCUGCGAGGUCCUGGCCUUUGGACUGGGCGCGCUGCUCACGCCAAUGCCGGCAGUCCGCAACUUCUCGGUGUGCGCGGCGCUGGCGGUGCUGCUGGACUUUGUGCUGCAGGUCACUGUGUUUGUGGCGCUGCUGGCCCUUGACACGCGCCGCAUGGAGCAGCGGCGCCUCGACUGCUUCCCAUGCGUCAGGGUGCCGUACCUGGACGAGCGGGGCCACUGGGUGCAUGAUGCCCUCGAGAGCGACGCAGAAGAUGACGCCGCAGCCCCACCCGCCGGCGGCGGAUGGGCGGCCGCGUUCGGGGCCCCGCGGCCGGCCGCGUCGGCGGCCGGCCCGGGGGCGUACGAGUAUCAGGAGGAAGAGAACGCAUACUUUGCACCGCAGCCGCUGCUGGGCGGCGACCGCGGCGGCGGCGAGCACGCGAGCAACGGCGGCGACGGCGGCGGCGGCGCCGACGGCGGGCGCGCCCACGAGGCGGCGGCGCGGGGGCGCGGCAGGGGCUCGGGGAGGCCGGCAGCCCCUGCGGGGAUUCACGGGGCGCUGCACGAGCGGCGGGCGUCGCUGGGGGGGCUCCUGCAGGUGUACACGGAGCGGGUGCACGCGCCGCUGCUGAUGCGGCCGGCGGUGCAGGCGGUGGUGGCGGUGGUGUUUAUCACAGGCCUGUUCCUGGCGGCGGCUGCUGUGCCGCGGCUGCAGGUGGGGCUGGACCAGGCUGUGGCGCUGCCAAGGGACUCGUACCUGCAGCGAUACUUCCGAGACCUCUAUUCCACCCUGCGCGUGGGGCCGCCCCUGUACCUGGUGGUGCGCGGCCUCAACCUCACGGCCGGGGCGGGGGACGCCGAUAAGGUCUGCUCCAUUGCCGGCUGCAGGAAGGACUCACUCCUGUCCAGGGUGUCUGAGGCGGCGCUGGCCCCAGAUUCGUCCUUCAUCGCGUCCCCCGCCGCCUCCUGGAUCGACGACUUUUACUCCUGGCUCAACCCAGCCCUCCCAAAGUGCUGCCGCCGCCACCCGCCCGGCUCGCCCUUCGAGCCCGCGACCGGCGGGCCGCGCUGCCCGCCGCCGGAUCAGGCGCCGUGCAGUGCCGACGCGAGGGUGUGCGGGGACUGCAGUGUUUGCUACUCGGAGCUGCCGGGCGGGCGCCCGCCGCUGGAGGGGGUUCAAGAGUACCUCCCUUGGUUCCUGCGCGCCGUGCCGAGCGAGGGCUGCGCCAAGGGCGGCGCGGGGGCCUACAACAACGCAAUCCAGCCAGACCCCCAAGACCCCACAGGCCCUCGUUGA